CGGCCCCAUUCGUGCGACAAGUGCGGGAUGAGGUUCCUUUAUCCGAAAGAUGUCUCGCGUCACAAAUUAAAGCAUACUGGGGAGAAACCGCACGCAUGCCCCAAAUGUGGAACGCGGUUCCCCCGAGCGGAUAACUGUCGACGCCAUGCAGUUAUAUGCCAGCGCGACAUGGGCCUGGGGGACGGCAAUGAUUAA